AUGCCGGAAACGACCGGACGUUCAAGAAGAAAGCUCGAGUCUGCCAUCGACUUUUAUAACAACCACUCGGACAAGAUUCAUAAGGAACACCCCGGGAUACUUACUGCACUUCGCUAUAUUCAAGACCCGGAACACCAGAGUACGCUGCACCCCCUUCGGCUUCAUUUCUGGGGCCAACCUGGUCUUCGCACACCUGCACUAGGCAAAUUGGAAGAUCAGCACAGGAAGUGGUUCUCUCAUUGCAAACUGGAUUUUGCUCCUGCAAAGGAGAGUCUCGAGGACCUCAAGCGUAUCCAAGACCGUGUCUCUGAUCUCUGGCUGAGAACUGGGGCCGAUCUAGCCACCCAUGAUGCAGAUCCACGCAUCGCGUUGGAAGCAGCACAGAGCACUCUCAAGCAUAUGCCAUCCGAGGAGAACAUUACUUCAUAUCUGCACACAAUGGCCUUGCUGGUCUACUCAACGCGGAAAGCUCUGGAGUACAGUGCACAUCUGCUUUCCCUUUGGGUGGACAUCGGCAGAUCUCAUGGUGGGACCCUCUUGGAAGAGAAGGACACAAGGCAGGAGAUCUUGCGGUGUUGUGCAGAAUUUUUCAAUGAACAACAGGCAUGGCCCCUAUUGAUGAGCUGCCCCUGGACGGUCGCAUUCGCUCUUCACCUUCUCGCAGACGAUUCUCCAGAAGCAAUGGAACAUCCAGAGCGCGAUGACGGGGAAGGCAACAUUCGGAUUUUGAGCGGAAACCCAGCGCGGCCGCCAAAGUUUGCCGCAGUCUUCGUGGCGGUCGACAAUACACUGGUGAAAUGCAUGUUGAAGAGCUGCUUCAGACUCAACACUACUAAGAAUGAAGACAAGCACCUGAUGUGGAGUGUGAGGCCGUUCAUAAACUGUGCGGACCACGGCUACAAGAGGUCCAUUCACAUCAACUUCAUCUCCGAUACGAGCGGACACGAAAUCGAAGAGUCGGACGUGCUCCAGAUGAUUCGCCAGUAUUGGAGGGAGCAAGACACCCUUAAAUGCAGAACUCUGGCAGAAGAGGGGUUCCUACUUCUUUCACAACUUGCAGACACAAGAGAACUGUUGGACGACCAUUUGCACAUGAAAUUCAGCCGCCCCAAAGCUCACUGCGAAUGCAUUCUCGCGCAACACUGGAUGGCCAGACGACAUCUUACCAACCAAUUGUUCCCGCUCAUUGGCACAUCAAGCCAUACGUGCCAAACUUGCGAUUCUUUCCUGCGGGCCAUGUUGGUGCACACCAACACGCUCCCAACAGCCCACGACCAAGAGUUCGCAGAAUCCGACGCUUUGGAGCGAAUGAUACCUGGGACAGCAAACGCGUAUCGCCUGUGCAUGGUGCCCGAACAGUCACCCACACCGGUCAAGGAGGCAGUUGCUGGCGAGUUGAUGUGUCGGGUGAGAAUGCAGUUGAGACGGAACAAAGUUCUGCACAUGCUGGAGGAACAAGUACGGGAAGCAUCCAGAGGGGACAUUGACAGCGACAGCCAUCGUCGAGAAUUCGACGGGGACAGUCUCGCGGGCACGGAUCUUGGCACAGCUGGAGCAGACGAAUGGGAGAUCAUGACGCAUUCAGGAGAGGAUCGAGACGAAAGGUCAGGCGUGGAGUCAGAAGGAGAUUCAGGAGAAGAUCCGGACGCGGACUCGGGCGGGGACUCAGACGACUAG